GACAUGUUGCCAGACAAGUAAGCCAAUGUCAGUGUGCGGAGAGCUGUAAGAUUAGAUUUGGGACAACAAAGAAUAUCAAGAAUCCACAGUUCAAGGAAAGAUUCUCUAGGAGCUCAAGUCCUCAAGAAUUAUUACAUUUCUCUGCAGCAUAUGGAUGGAUGUAGUUAAAGCUCUUAAGUAAAGUUAGCAUCUCUUGGAGAGGCUUACAUUUAAGAUCUGCACUUGACGGACAAUCUUCUCUCUCUGUAGCAAGACAAGAGUAUUGUAGCCAGCUUUUUUUGGUGGUGUCUUUUCUUGGACUACUGUACAGGUACCUGACAUCUCACCAAAACUGAAUUCAUUUGUGCCUUCCCCAUGAGACAGGCCUCCACUGUGCCAAAACUAUUAAGUCUAGAACCUCUACAGACUAGAGAGGUUCCUCAUAGCCACUGUACGUCGGAGCAGCUCUUUUCUCCAAUGGACGUCUUCAAGAUCAAUAUCAUCUUCAAGAUCAAGCCUGCAAAUCUGUUCUUGUGGCUUUUGGUGCUUCUCCCUGAUGUUUUGGCUUCUGCCACUGAUAAAAUGGCAGAAGGAAGGGCUGUAGAGCUAAUGAAGCAAGCCCGUUUAAUCGAUGGGCACAACGACCUUGCACUGCAGCUGAGGAUACAGUAUCAAAACAAAAUCAGUAGAAUCAACUUAAUGAACCUUACCACCACACACACAAACAUUCAGAAGCUUCAAUCUGGAUAUGUUGGAGCUCAGUUUUGGUCAGCAUAUGUUCUUUGUAGUGCUCAGAACAAGGAUGCUGUGCGGCUUACUUUAGAACAGAUUGAUGUUAUCAAGAGGAUGUGUAGCGAAUACGAAGAACUUGAAUUUGUUACAACCUCCCAAGGUAUUGUGGACAGUAAAAAGAUAGCAUGCUUGAUUGGAAUAGAGGGUGGUCAUUCCAUUGACAGCAGUCUGGCAAUGCUGAGGGUGUAUUAUGACCUUGGUGUUCGGUACAUGAGUUUAACACACACCUGCAAUACUCCAUGGUCAGAAACUUCAUCAAAGCAGAUUUAUAGCUUUUAUCCCCAUAUUGAUGGUCUGAGCAAAUUUGGCAAAGAGGUAGUGAAGGAGAUGAACCGCCUGGGGAUGAUGAUAGAUUUAUCCCAUACCUCAGAUUCUACAGCAAGAGCAGCUCUCAACAUUUCUAAAGCACCAGUCAUUUUCAGUCAUUCUUCUGCCUUUUCUGUUUGUAAUCACUCAAGAAACGUUCCUGAUGAUAUUCUUCGAAGUCUGGAAAAGAACAAUGGAAUUGUGAUGGUGACCUUCCAGACUCAAGCACUGGCCUGUGGCACUGACAACGUGAAUGUUUCUACUGUAGCAGAUCAUUUUGACCACAUAAAGAAAAUUGCAGGUUCAAAAUCAAUAGGAAUUGGCGGUGACUACGAUGGAGCGCAGAGUUUCCCUAAGGGUCUGGAAGAUGUUUCAAAAUACCCUGCUUUGAUUGAAGAGCUUCUCAGAAGAGGAUGGAACGAGGCAGAACUGAAAGGGAUUUUAAGGGAAAACUUUCUCCGUGUUUUCAAGGAGGUGGAAAAAGUGCAGAGAGACAGUAGAUCAAUGAGUGUGAAUGAAGAUGAAAUACAACCAAAAGAAGUACAAAAUUCCUGUCGUCUGGACUUAACAUAUAGACCGCAUAAACCUACUCCAUUUUUGGAAGCCCAGCCAGUUAGCACUUCCUCUGGAAUUCCUUCUGUGUUGUGGUCAUCUUCUUGUCUAAUGUUCCUUAGUGUAAUAUGUAUGAUAAUAUAUUAAGAGUUAUAAAAUAUCAUGGUUCAAAGAGUUUCUGAAUAUUCCACAGAAUACAGAUAUACUUUGCAGAAUUAGGUUCCUCGCUAGCACUCUUCCUACCCCAAGCAAAGAUGAGGGUUUGCAAAAGAAUUGGGGACAUACAGAGCUGGCUGCAGCAAGCAGCUGCACAAGAACCAAUGAAAUGGUUUAGCAGCUGUUUGAUGUAGCUUUUAUUUAAUAGUUUAUACUCUCCCAAUCAAAGACAUUUGCAGAUAAUGACAACUCAUAAAGCUGGACUCUAUAUAAAAAAAAAAAAAAAAAAAAAAAAAAAAAAAA